CGUUUUUGAGAGCUUCACUCGAAAGCUGCAUGAUUAGUAACAGAGAAGUUCUUUACUUGGUACUUGAAAUGCGCUGUUAAUGUGUGUGAACGGACAUGACAUCAUAAACACUGCAGCAGUUAAGGGACCCAUUUGUAGGUGAUGAGGUGAAGGUUAAGUGCAUUGGAAUAUGUCUUGCCUUGGAGGCAAUGCCGAAUGGUUUUGCCAUGUUCUUCUUUUGGAUGAGAGUGAGCACCCGGUCGAAAUUCAAGUGAGUAUAAAAACUUGUUGUGGUAGAACACUGGAGGAGAUUCUAAAUUGUUUUGACUAGAUGCUGUUUACUUUAUUGUACACGCGUUAUCUUUAAAAGCGCAAUUCUCUGGAGAAAGUGCAACGGGUUUGCGGUUUAUCGAAGCUUCAAUCGAAUAUACCAUUGGUUUUGCGUGCAAUUACCUGGUUCAGGAGUUGGAUUAGCCUACACGCAAAAGGUCUCUUGGAGAACACUCUGCCUUAAUUACGGGGGUGAAAAGUUUGAAUCAAGCUGUACUCGGAAAAUAGAUGAUCAGAGAGUUACUUAGGCAUGUAUUCUUGUCAGCAUGUGGGAAUGAUUUUUACAAAUGUUUACUCGAAUGAAUUUAUUGUAAGAGCUUGCGAUAUACAAAAUACUUAACUUUGACAUCAUCAAGGGUUUCUACUGAGUCCUGUUAAUCCUUUCACGCUGUUCGAAUUCUGUUCGCUUUAUCUCAUCUCGUGCGUUAUUGUAAGUUUAGAACUAAAAGAUUUCAUUUCGCUGCUCGUUCGAUAAGAUCAGAUGUGAUAAAAAAGAUUUGUGUCCCUUAGGGAACAUCCUAAUUACAGCAAAAGUGGUUGCUUUAUUUGUUUCAGUGAAUGCUUUAGCUUCGCAUCUGUUAUUAUCGUCACCAUUUUACCCGAAGCUAUAAGUUCAGCUUUGGUGGAGCAACAUUCUCGAGAAUAAUUAAUUAAACUCUCCUCGUUUACCAAUAAAUAAGCCUACUUCUUGUCGUUUCAAAAAGAUACUUAAAGAUAUCAGGCCUUCCAUUCGCUUUUAAACAACACUUUGAUAUUGCUGCAUCAAUUUUAUUCUCAGAUAUAAUAUCUCAGACAUCGAGAUCGACCGGUUCUUUGGCUCGUAAACUUCUUUCUAACUGCGAUCAACUAUAAUUCGUUGACCUGUUGAUAAUUUUUUUUUCCUGCGUCGAUUAUUUAAAAUUCAUGAAUAAAUCAAACAAGCGGUGAGAUCAAGUGGACUGAAAAUAAAAAAUUCAGCAUCACGCUAAUUAUCACCGAGUGAUCCCUAAAUGGUUUGAAUAAUUUACGAUUGUUCGCUUUGUAUUUGAAAAUCGACUGUUUAGUAUUUUUUUUUGCGUGGUUAAUUGCAGCGGUUUUGUUCCCGGCCAGAAAAUUUACGAAGUAAAUUAGACAUUUCGGUUUUCAAGAGUUUGUAAAAACUCAAUGUACCUGCUGCAGCACCGAGAAAAAAGUUUCAGCUACAUGCUUAUUUUGUUCUCUCUUGAUUAAAUAUAUGGUUAUGUAGUUAUAAAUACACAUAAUAAGAUACGUUUAGAUCUUCACAAGAUCAUUUUCUCUUAUAAGAAAUUUUUAUUCUUUGCUGUAAUUUCUUAAUGUAAAUAGCCAUGACUGUAAUAUCACAUACACACAAGGAAAAUAAUCUGUGGCUAACAUAGGACACUUUUUUUUUUCACUUUUACAAGCCACAGCUUAUGUAAGACAAGGUUACUGAGCAUUUCCUAUAUUAAUGGCAGCUCAAAUAAGAUGCAAAACAUUGAAUAAAGUGGCGUCCAAGCUUGUUUGUGGCUUAUGUAAGAUGCAAACUUACACUGAGCAAACAUAAUUUUUUUCCCACACCUGUAUUGUGCUUGUACGUUUUUGCCACCUUUAUGGCUACUUGCACAACUCCAUGAGACAUGAUAUGUGAACCAUUUAUACAAGCCCUUGGCAGCUUACUAAGUGGUGCCCAUAUAAGUGUUCCAGUUUGAGUUAUGCAUAAGCUGACUGUAUAAAUGGUCCUAAUCUGGACCAGACAAUUUGGAAUCCAUGUUCUGUGGUGGAGGGAGGGUUGUGGAGUAUGAGUGUGGUAAGGUUUUACUGCAUCCUGCUACUAUCAAUGAGUUUCAUAUUCAAUAUUUUUAAUCAAAUUUAAUAAUUUAGUAUUUGGGCCUUCCUGCCAGGGAGAAGUGGUGUGGUGCAGUGGUUAGCAGUCGUGCCUCUAGCCUAAGAGGUUUGCACAAGACACAUUACUUUUGCUGAAUUUUCCUCACACAGGAAUGUAAAUGGGCACUAGUGAACUGUUAAGAAAACCUGAAAAAAUGCAGAGUUACCUGCAUGUGGGUCCCAAGGCAUAACCCUUUAUACCUUAACAUCAGUUGGCAUAUUUUCCGUCCCUUUUUCUAUACAUUGCCUAUGGUAUGGACAAGGAGAAUUUGUUGAACAAUCAAAAGCUUCUUUAGUUGGUGAUCAUUUCUUUUAUUCUUGUGGCCUUAAUGUGUGGUUCAGGGGUGAUAUUGUAAGGAGAAAUUAGAUACUAGUCAUUCGUAGGGGUUAAAGGGUUAACUUUUAGCUCCCACGAGUAACCAAGACAGAAUUUCUCCUUACAAUAUCAAGUAGACAAGUGAUGAGAACAAAGAAAAAUAUGAAUUAGGGGAUUAUGAGUUUAUCCAAUACCAAAUUCUCCAAACUAACAUCUAAAGAACUGUAUGGAAGACAGUAAGGAGAAUUACUGAUGAGAUCUUGGGAGUUAAAGGGUUAAGAGGGUCUUGACCCUUUCUCACCUUUCUCUGUCUGCUCAGGGAGUUUGGUCACGUCAACUUGAAGUAAUAUCUUUGGGUGAUAAGUGUCAGGAGUAGUAUCCUACAUAUGUCUUGCCUCGUUCUGCAACUUGGGAAUUCCAGUUUGGAUAGAGGAAGCCACUUAGGAUAAUAUUAUCUUUUGGUUACUAUAAAAUUAAAGGAUGCAAUUGAGCCCUUGUUUUAAUUGAUUAUAUUUCAGUUCUGAAAGAAAAAGUUUUUUUAUCAAAAUGUGUUAACUAAACUCUUUUUUUUUUUUCAGAAAAAGACUAAAGGAGAGGAAGUCUUAGAAAAGGUCUUUGUACAUCUCAAUGUACUGGAAAAAGACUAUUUUGGACUGCGCUAUAUUGACCGGGACAGCCAGUCGGUAUGUUCUUUCUUUGUUGGAAUGAACUUUUUCAGCCAUGGAUCUAUAAUAAGAGCCACAGAAAAGAACUCUCAACUUUUGGCUGCUCUCCUCAUUUUUAAAGCUAUUAUGUAAAGGGCUGUUGUCCUUCCUCCUCUUGCUAGAGUAGAGUACUGCUAAAAUUGACCAUUAAAAAACAAUUUCUAUGAGAUGGUCAAAAACAUGGUGAAAAAUUGAUAAAAGUUGUUUUGUUUUUAUUUCAAACUUAUCUCAGAGAUGGUUAGAUCCUUUGAAACCAGUGGUAAAACAGUUAACAGGUAAGUGUAAAGUAUCAUGUAUAUGUACUGAGAAUGUGCCUGUUCAGGGUGUUUGUUAUACAUCAGAGAUUGAAAAAUUAAGCAGCCAUUAUGUAUGUUUCUCUGCCUUAAUUUCAGUUUUUCAGAUAAGAAAAUACUCUAACUUGCUGCUUUCCACAAUUAUUAUAAUAAUAAUAAUAAUAAUAAUGAUAAUAAUAAUGAUUAUUGUAAUAACUAUAAUGGUAUUGAUAACAAUCUUAAAGUAAUGAUACAUUGUUAUUAUAAUUUUCUAAAUCUAGUAUUGUUAUUUUUGGUAUUAUUUUUGUUUGCUACCCCACAGGAAAAAAAAAUCAAUCCUGUUGGCAUCAUGCUGUUCAUGGUGUAAUACGUAUCAUACUCUAAUUUUGUGUGUGUUUUUUUGUUCAGCUGGUCCUCCUUAUUUGCUGUAUUUUUGUGUCAAGUUCUAUGCAGCUGAUCCUUGUAGACUUCAUGAAGAACUGACCCGGUUAGUUCUGGUUUUACUAGUUAAUUCCUUGUUACAGUUUUUAUAACAUGUCUAGAUUCAAGCUUUCAUGUUGGUAAGAAAAAACAUAGGUAUUUCACUGACUAGCAGUAUGACGAUGCCUGGACAGAUAUCAUUCAUGGGGUUUUUAUGAUUCAUAAAUUAUAUACUUCUCUACUGGAUGCACUUCUUGGCUCUUCCAGUCUCUUAGAAAUCUCCUCCACUCUCAUCUAAAGCUGAUCAGGGUAAGGGAGGUUAAUCACAGAGUUUCAACAUCAGGUGUAUCACCCCACUAGACUAAUUUCAAAAUUUACUGCAAUAAGUUGAAGGAGCUAGAUGUACUGGUCACAAGUUUCUUACAACAUAGUUACUUAAAAGCUUGAUAAUAUUUUUUUUCAUUUUCUUUACAAUUUUCAGGUACUUGUUCUUCCUGCAAGUCAGGAAAGACAUCUACCAGGGAAGGUAUGAAAAUUACAACACAACAUGUAGGCCACUUCUUACAAAUGUUUUUCUCAGUUUGAUGUAUGUUCUGAUGAUAAUAAUGUGUAGCAGAGUUCCUUAUCUUGAACAUUCAUGGGACCCAAGAAUUGAUUAGCUUGAAAGAUCCCAUAGGUUUGGAUAUCUGGACUAUACUUUUAUAGCAUUGCACUCUGAGAAUGAAGUGAAGGGCAAAAGAAUUUUCAUAAUCGGUUUUAAAUUGUUUUCCUAAGACUCUUCCAUUUUUGAAACAUGAUAUGUCAGGUGUCUCCUUGUUUUGCGUCCUCUUUCUCCCUUGCGUACCCAUUGGUUCUGCACAGAUAGACAUGUUAUUCAAGUCAGGCCUAGAGUUUGAGAUGAUGUAAAAUUAGAGAUCACAGUGAACUUCUCUGCAAGAUCCUGAUAUGAUGUUCAAUUCUCUUGCAUUGUUGGUUUUGUUGUCUCUUUAGGUUGCCAUGUUCAACAAACAUUCUUGCUGAAGUGUCAGCGUACAGUCUUCAGUGUGAGUACCUUAAAUCAACAGUACAUGUAGUAGAUUAAGUAUAAUUUUUUCUUUUAAUUUUUGGUAGGGUAUAAAUGUAAGCUAUUUCUUCUUUCCUGUAGCUGAACUUGGAGAGUAUGACCCCAUAGAACACACCAUAGGCUAUGUAUCAGAGUUUAGAUUUCUCCCUAAUCAGGUAAGUACUGAUACUUACCAAAAAACUGCUGUUUCUUGUGUUGACCUCUUUGCAUAUUAGGAUAUACAACACCAAGAGUGAAUUCUCACAAGUUAUGCCUUCUUUUUGGUUUCUUUUUAGACUGAGGAGCUGGAGAGCAAGAUUUACCACAGACAUAAGAAGCUUGGGUAAGAUUAAAAUUGUUUUGAUUGAAUGAUACAAAAUAUUUGGUUCAUGAAUUUUAUUCUUGGAAUUUAUACUGGUGAAUGAUUUGAUAAGUGGUUACCUCUCUAACUUCUAAAAGAGAUCAAGAUGUAACUUCUCCUUACAAUAUCAAUGCAUUAUCCAGCUACCUGGUGAUGAGAAUAUGCAUUUAAAAUAAUUAGUAUGAAGGUUUGUCUUCGGUUGAUGUAACUCUUCAUUCUUGUGGCUUAUUUUUUGAUAAAAAAAAAAAAAAACAGUUAGAAGGGAGAAUUCCUUAUCAAAUACAAUUAUUUUCUUUCACUCCAGAAAUAUGGUUCCAUCUGUAGCAGAGUUUAUGUAUCUUGAUAAAAUCAAGUGGUUGGAAAUGUAUGGAGUUGACUUGCAUCCAGUGAAGGUAAGUGAUAUAUUUAAAUGCAUGUUGAUUCUAAAAGUAUGCAGAAUUACAGAAGAACUUUGUAAUGGUUCAGCUCAUUGUAGAGUCUCUGAGUCUCAUUGGUAGAGUUUUAGUGUAUGGAAUCCAACAGUCUGAGGAUUGAUUCCUCAUGGAGACAAAUCUUUCCACGUUUGUGUCACAACAAAAGAAACAUUUUCUUUUAACUUGUACAUGUAGUUUUCAACUUUUGAAAAUGUGAUUAACUUCUUCUCUCCAAGGGGGAGGACUUUGUAGAAUAUUUUAUUGCCCUCAAACCUUCUGGAGUUGCUGUUUACAAGAAUAAGACUCGAGUUGGGUCCUACCUUUGGUAAGUGGAAUGUGUCUACUUUAAUCUGCAGAUUUAUUGCAGUUUAAUUCUGGUUUGGUGGAUUUUGGGUAUUCAACAGAAAUCUCUGGGCAGUAUGUUUUUUUUUUCUCUGACUUUUAGUUUGAUGAUGCAUUUGUAGAAAUAUUCAACCUUCCCCUUCUAGUGAAGGUUACUAAUUCAGAAAGCUUUUAAGAAAAGGGGUGAUUUAAGUACCUUCAUUUAAGGAACUGGAAGUGCAAAAAAAAACUGGAAUUUUAGAGGGUUGGGUGGUAGUGGAGGGGGGGGGGGAGUGGGGUGGUUUGCAUACUCUGUCACUGAUAUUUUUGUCUUCUCUAUUGUAGGUCAAAAAUAGAAAAAGUUGAUUUUAAAGGAAAGAAGUUCUACUUGACAGUUAAGGGGAAAGAGGUGAUAAACUUCUUCAAAGUUACAAAUAUUUUAUGAAGUGAUUCUAUCAAUUUAGUUCGAUUUCUUGGUAGAUGUUUAACCCAAAGACUAUAUGAGAAAUAAACUUGUUGGUUACCCAGUAAAAAGAUAAGACUUUGAAUUCUUGAAUAGCUUGAAUGAUGUUCAUUCUUUCAAAAAGUUAAGAUAAAUAUGUUUACACUUCCAUACCGGCAUGGUGUAAUCACAGUGGAGUUCCAUGAAGCCAUUACACAAAUUAACUAUUUUGUUUAUUGAAAGGUCAAAAGGGUUGUUAAAUGGUUAAAUUUGAUUAUGCUGUGUACAUUAGUAAAGAAAUUAGAUGACAUGUCAAGGUUUCUCCUUCCAAAAAAUCUUGCUGGCAGGAGUAGUUUUCCUCUAAAUUCCGCACAAUUUCCUUGGCAGUUGUUCAAGUCUCUUUAUGCGCAACUCAGAGGUCAGCUGUGGGAACACAAAGCUCACAAAGGAACUAUUGUCUGUGAAAGUUUACCACCAAGUGUAAACUUAGGUCAUUGCUUGGAAUUACAAGACCAUCUCCUUUAGAUCCCAAGACACCAAGAAUUGUGCAAAAGUGGCCCUUUUUACUCAGCAUAAUGUUAAACAUGAAAGAAUUAUGAGAUCAAAGUUUCACAGAUUGCAUGAUAAUUUGCUACAGUUGGCACCCUUUCAGUGUAAUCUCUAAUGGAAAGAAUAGCUAACAACAACUUAGUUAAUAAUGUAAGGUGACAACUUAAUAAUGUAAGGGUUGUUCUAUUAUAGGAAAGGGAGUAUACCUUUAAGUUUUAUCUUCCAACCAAGACAGCAUGCAAACAUCUUUGGAAAUGCUGUGUGGAGCAUCAUGCAUUUUUUCGGUAAGUUUUCUCUUUUUCAGUAAAUUUACUAAUCUUGAACAAAUAAGUAUUUUAUUAAAAGUAAUAAAAGCAGUGAAAGAGCAAGGAAUGUAUAAUUUUUUUAGGAAAAAAUGACUAUUUGUAGAGGGGAACAGAUCAAUCACAGCUGUUGAGAGCCAUUUGGUUGCACCAAAGAAUAAUGAUUUAUGUUGUGACUAGCAGCUCGUCAACCUUAUUCACUAAGGAACUCCCCUACAGUAUGCACCGAAAUCACCACAAUCCACAUCCAAAGUGACCACACCUUGAGUCAAACAAUAAUUACUUGUAAUCAAACUGUAACUAAAAUUUCCUAUUUCUGACAUGUUUACUCAUUUCAAAGUGGUUUACUUUGUGAGAUGUGAUUUUUUUCCCUAGGUUAGACAAAGCUAAUACUUCCCAUCGUCGCAAUAGUGGUUUGUUUAGGAUAAGUUCUUCAUACAGAUACAGGUACAAUUGUGUAUGUCUCUACAAUAUUACAUUCAUAACUGAUGACUUUGGCAGUUUUAUGAAUUUUCAUUUAAGGCCCAAUCUGCACCAUGCCAGAUAGACUAGAAAAGGCUGUUUUCACUCAGAAAAUGCAACAGAAGUUGCAUAUACAGAUGUACAGAGAUACCUGGACUCCAAGUCAAGAUGUAUCCAGGUCAUUGUGUUUUUCUUGGGCAAGACACUUUACCCUCACAGUGUCUCUCCACUCAGGAGUAUAAAUGAGUAUGAGUGAAAUUUCAAGGAAAGCAGAGGAAAUGCCUGGGGUUAACCCGUGUUGGACAAGCAUCCCAUCUAGGGGGGGGAGUUGUAAUACUUCUAGUCACUUCACGCUAUAGCAACUGGGAUAAACUAUGGCUAUUUGACUUGAGUGCAGACUGUACCUUCUUACCUUAAAUUAUGUUUUGGUGGUUAACAACUGUUUGUGAUGCUUAUUUUUUUAGUGGUAGGACACAGAAAGAAGCAUUGGAAGAUGGUAAGAAGAUUCAAAGGCCUGAUCUGCAAGUGAAACGGUAUGAGUUAUUUUUUACCACUAAGGUGAUGCUUUGGUGCAUUUCACUACUUCUGAGUACUUGAAGAAGGUCACUUAAUGUCAGUCAAAAUAUCAUGAACUUGAAGAUUUGAUUAAAAGGAAUACAGAUAGUCUUUCAUUUCACCAACCCAUUCAUUAAGUUCCACAGCAAGCUUGCUUUCCCUUUACUGACUUUUAAAUAGGUAUAUCACAGUUCAGGUUGGUGAAAGAAAAAUAUCAGCUAGGAAAUACUCCUUGAUUUGACGACAAAUUCUUUUAGCCACAACUAUAAGAAAUUUAGGGCAUACAGUAAGGUGAAUGUAAGUUUAGAUCUUCGGAGUGAAGAGUUAAGUUCCCACAGGAUUGGCUCAAAAAAUUUUUUUCAAUUCUUCUCAUUUGAAGAUGUUCAUUUGUCGAUAUUAAAAAAAAUCAACUUUUAAUUGAAAUGACUUCUUUUUGCGUUUCAGAAAACCCAGCAAACGAUACGAAAGACGGAUCAGUCAAUCGGGAGAAAAAAGUAUGUUGUCUUUAUUUGAUCCAAGAAAUAAUUCUGUAAGGAAACAAGAAGUAGAGCAAAUGAUUAUUUCACUGAAUUUCUGUUCGCAGCCAUAUGUGAAUUUCAAUUCUCUGUCUUGACAUUUGCUCAGUGCAAAUGUUGUUCAAGAACUUUGUUUGAAGACGGCGAGUGAUUGCAGAAGCGAUACAAAGGCAUGGUUGUCAUUCAUAUGAAAAGAAGAUUAACUUUCCGUUCAAACUUUUGCACCCUAACAUCAGUAUGCACAUUCUCCAUACUGUUCUCCUUACAUCUCCUAAAAUACCGACAAGGAGAAUCCGUGUGUCAAUCGAGAGAUUCUUUAGGUAGUGAUAAUUUCCUUUACUCUCAUGACCCCAAUGUGUGAUUCUGGGGUGAUAUUGUAAGGAGAUAUUAGGUGCUAGUCACUCGAAAAUGGUUUUAGGGUUAAGUGUGUGGAUAAAACCUAAAGCGGGAUUGUUUUGAUUUGUUUCAGUUCAAACUAAUGUCUCAGUAGCUACACCAACUAGUGCAUCCCAGGUUCAGAUUCGACGUUUCAGUCAAACAGACAACCAAGCUGAAGUUAUAACUGUCCCAGUUGCGGGUUCUAAUGGCACUGGGUAAGAACUGCUUCUAUUAAACUGCUCUCAAUAUAAAAGUAAAAGAGUACGAUUCUAAAGAAACUGUGGUGCUUUGGUGAAAAAGUGUAACAGGGUGAUUUAGUAUUAUAAACUUAGUUGGUAACUACAUCUCGGCAGUUUGGAAGGCUGCAAAAAUUAAAACUCAAGAACAAAAAUUUACCUUUUAAAAUCGGCACUCUUAAACCCCACGGUACCAACGAGCGCUUUCAUUCAACUAACUUAUUCUUGUUUUCUAGUCACCACAUUCUCACCAGUAAUGUAGCUCCAUUUUCUGCAUAUAAACACACACACAACCUACAGUUCCUCCAUUCGCUCGAAUUCGCUUGAAGCUCUUUACGGUGGCCAAUUUACGUCAAUAGUUCGGUUUAUAAUACUAAAUCCCCUCAAUAUAAAAACACUUCUAUGUAGUACGCAAAACAUUUAUUUAUCUCUUUAUUUUUAGGGUUAAAACUGAAGGUGAUCCAAGCUCAUUAAAUGGUAAUACUACAGCUGUGGAUGGACAUCAAGGUCCGGCCCUUCCGUGGGAACAAUCCGCUCAGAUGCAGGGGUUAGGGAACUUUAUUCCUUUUUCUUCUUAUCUCAACUUUUGACUUUCCGUUUGGUUGAAUAAGCUGGGUCGGUUGUAAUAUUGAGUGUACAUAUGAAAUUCUUCUUUUCAAAAAUUCACAUACAAAAAGAGAUCUGAAGCAUAUGUCACUGGCGUUUGAUGAAGAAAUAAUCGGAUUGUUCUCGGAGGAUUCGACUUGCAGACAGAUCAUCGCCAUCUUAGAAGUCUUUGGCACGACCAAGUUCGCACUUGAACUAAGUUUAUUUGCAAGAAGCGUCCUGCAUAUUGCCAGGAUCAGCAACUUCGAAAGAGUGGUGUCUUGAGAGAGAUUGUGAUUGGUCCAGAAAACUGACGCCGACAUCAUAACCAAUCACAUGCCAGAUUCAUCUCAACUGUGACAAUCGUUUUCCCGCGCCUCAAAUAUUUUUGUUUUGCUUAUGUUUAGAGUUCUAAUCGACUCCAUGUGGUACUGUCUUUUGUUCUGAUUGGCCUUUGUGAUUUCUUUGGUUUUGGUUUUUUUGACACCCAAUCGAAAAACGCUCUUUGGUUCAAUCGUUAGAGGCUUAAAACGAAAGUGAAGGCACGCUGCCGAGUAAUACUUCUUGUAGCAGUUUUUUGUUAGGUAUGAUGACAAGUUCAGGUAGCUUAAACUGUAAUUGUUUUCCUUGUUUGCCUUUGAUAUAAAAGCUGUUAAACCUAACAUUCAUAUGGUGUUAUUAAAAGGGAAAUUCUGAGUUAAAAUUCUGACGAAAACCACACAGUGUAGCUUAUCGGCAUUGUGACAAUUAUUGAGCUCGGGAAAACAGUUUUAACUCUUGUUGUUCACCAACAGCGGCUUGUACACGCCCGCCCCCGACUCCCCUCGGUCUCUGAAGAGCUCAGGAUCUGGCCGAGUGAAGAGGUCACCCAAAUUUCCAAGGUAACCAUUUUUAAGUGCUUGAGUUGUUGUACAACUUACCCGAUACACUCUCUCGUCACAUAGUAUUUUACAUCUUGUACUAAAUAACUCUCUGCAAGUUUACCAAUGACGAUUUGUUCGUUAACCAUUGUUCUUCUUGAUGUUUAAUGCCUUCAGGCCUCACCGUCGAUCGGCUGGACAAAGUAGCGGCAGUGAAACAGACACACCCAGGAGAAGGUACUUCGUGAUGAUUUUCUGUAUUUAUUUUAUUUCUACUUAUUUUUUCAAUCCCCUUCGUAGCCAGCCUCGUUACUCUUACUGUUUGCUUUGUUCUCAUUUGACGUUCUGUUUUCAGGAGUCGGCGAGCGUAUUCUUCUGAUGACGACACAGGCAGACGGAGAAGAAGAAGGUGUCGGAAUUGAAUUUUUGCUUUGAAUUUUGUAGCAUGAUAAUCGUAGAGAGAAUAUGAUAUUAGUGAAUAUUAAAAUACUUUUUUAAAGGGCGUGUAAGACUAUUCUAAUCGUUAUCCAUGAAAGAAAAACACGUAAGAAAAUUUUAGAAAUUUUGUACAAAUAAAGACUUGGAGGAUUACAGCAGAUUUCAAUGAGGGAACUUUCUGCAAUUUGUUUUUCUUGCUCUUAGCAAUCAAUCUAAUACUGAAGGCAGCGGAGGGGGAGGGGGGUGGUUUUAGAGAAAGGUGAGCCCAUCCUCGCUGACCCCUUCCUCAAAGUUGUCGGCUUGACAACGCAUUGUGCAUCAUAAAUAACAGCCAGAUUUUUGGUAGGUCAAUUUUGAUUUGAAUUCCUCUUCUCUCAGAUGUCGCCAUCACCAUCAUAGAGGCCAUCAUUCAGCUGAGUCAGGAAGCGAUCGUGAUUCGUCCUACAGUCGAGAGGAAAGGAGACGGCACAGGUCAGUGGUUUACAUGUAUGGCGCAUAUUCACUGAGUAUCCUUAAACCACUUACAAAGUUAUCACAAGAGCCAAUCAGAACAAAGGAAAAUACCACGAGGCUUAUUGCGCGAAGCGCGGGAAAACGCAAGUGAGCAAGUACCAAGUUACUUCAGUUUUGCUGUGAUUGGUUGAAAGGGUGGCACGAGUUUUCUGGACCAAUCGUAGAACGUAGCGUGGCCUAGCUAAACCAGUCUCCAGAUUCAUUUUCGACGCCAAAUUGAAAAUUUGACCAAAAAAAUUGGGGGUAAGAUAUGUGAGGGCUUCGUUGGAAACAUUGAUGUAAAAAAUACAAACAAUACUGUUUAUUUUUAAACUUAACGUUCUGUGAUUAUUUGUGCUGGGUCAUUUCCUAUUGCUAGUUUGUUUUCAGCCAGUGUUGUGAUACUUGCAAGUCUCCUCAAAGUAGGAAGCUUGUCAGACGAAGUGCAAAAUCCUAUAAACCUGUCUUUGUCAGUUAUUAUUUGCAGUGAUUGUCGUAGCGUAGUGAUUGGUCCAUGGACUGAGCCAAAUAUUUAAGUAGCGUUAACACUCUGAUGUAUUGAAAAGUAGGCAAGACACGGGUUGAUUUACCUCGAAAUUAUUGAGAUUUCAUGGUUGUACUUUGAUUGAAAGUUAAGGUGGAUCCAAUGACUCCGUCCCAAAUUCUCACCAGGUUUUUGCUCCUUUGUUAGGUUGUCUCAAGAAAAUAUUGAUUUUAGCAAGAUGUCGGAUUCAGCUCCAUAUCAUAUGGGUGACAGCGGUAGAAGAGACCGAGGAAGCGGCUCUGAGGCGGAAAGGUCAGCUUGAUCACCAAUAGUUCUUUCUCAAUCGAAAUCAGGAUUACUAUUAUUUUAAGAAAAAUUGGCGAGUGACUUCUGUUCUUGGCACAGCAGCUGUCAAAAGUAUUUUUUUGGCUUUGAUAGGUUCAUAGUCUCCUCUGUAGCCGUUCUUUGGAAUAUCACACAACGCUCCAACCAAGAAAGAGGGGCUGCCUCCAACCGAACAACAUUCCUUUUUACGAAUAGAGCACUCACAGAGAGCUUUCCAGUUCUUGGAAAGCUCUCGCACCAAGACAGAGUAUUUUAUGAUAGUUCUCUCGGGAGGGCAUCGCGUGACUCUCCAAAGAAUGGCUGCUAGGGAGACUGAUGGAUUCAAGGUUGUCCUGCAUUCAUUUGUACACCUUUGACCUCCCUGUUUAGCCUUAUUCGUCAUCCUUCGGGUGCUCUUCAAUGACUGUCAUCAAACCAUUACUAGAGUUAUCACUACGGCAAAUCAGAAUUAAGGUCGCUUUAUUUCAUGUUUAUAUCCCAUUGGCUGAAAGAACGACGGAAGACUAAUCACAAGGCAAAGUGGUGCAAAACCAUUAAAUCCUUAUCCUAAGAGGGAGGAUUUUUCGUUUCAGAUCACAUCAUCAUCACCGGCAUAGACAUCGGACAUCAGAGGGAGACGCCCGAAGUGACGGGUCGGCGUCCAGACAUCGCCAUAGUAAACUUACAAGCGACGAUGCUGACUCGUAAGUACACAACACCAAUUGCCUAAAGAUAAACGAAAAAGAAAGUAAAUCUGUGUUCGAGACUGACUCGCGUUGCUGCAUAGUGACGCUUGUUUCGGUUCUUUAGAAGGAAGUGACUGCCCGCUUGGCUGCUCUUCCAGACGGAUCUUACAUGGUUCAUCGCAGUUCCCUCCCCCUUCCGACUGCCUUUUCGUCAGAUUUUUCCGGCAGUUUUACUGGAACCAAUUUCUACAACUGGAUGGAGACAGGGGUGUCUUGUCCUGGUGGAAUGUAGCGAAUCCAGUGUCGGAAAUCUAUGUGUAGAUUAAAGAGUAGGUUAAAAUGUGCGUACGAAGUUGAUGGAACUCGUGCCCUUUCACUCGGCUGCAACAUGCAAUUCCGCCUGUGCUGUCAAAGUUUCUUUGAAGAAGUCGAUUUUCACACCUAUUGCCGCGUAAUAAUAUUCAGAGACUUCCGUUUUAGUAAGUUCACACGAAAUCGGUUAGUCGGCAUUUUCUAAGAUUCCACUUUGGAGACCGUUGGACACCUUUAAUUUCAGUUUUCUCUCAAAAAUGUCAUUUACUUGUGAACAGAUUUCGUGGUAACGGGUCGUUAAUUUAAUCACUCAUACGAGCUUAAUGCGAUUUUGUUUGUCUACUUGCAGGGAGAUGGUUCCAGCGCUGGACGUGAUCCGCUCACGAGUGGCGGUAGCCCGAGUCAAGGAAGGAAGUGGUGGAAAACAUCGCCAUCAUCGGCAACACCGGCAUAGUCACCAAGGAUAUCAGUCCAGUGAAUCAGGGUAUUCAGCCAUGUCAGCUCCUCCGGCUCCUAAGGGCUCACAGGUGUUGUUAGAAUUAGGUCCGGAUUCAGCGUCACCUCCAAAACAUGGCUCAGGUAAGUAAGGUGCUUCAUUUUGAACAGUCUUAAGGACCCUCAGUGCAUUUUGCUACUUUUCAUCCCGUUUCGAGGAGGAGGUUAAACGUAGAAGAGUUUGCAUUUUACUAUUAUCCAAGACUUAAUGGGGGAAUGAGGUUGCAGGUAACAAUUUUGUAGGUUUUAGGACACGAUUUCACGUUUAAAGCAUCUCCAACAAAUUUUUCCAGAGUUACAGAUUGAAAAUGUAUCGAGUGUAAAGAGAGGUGUACAUCUCUUAUUCUGUGUAGUCGUCUCUUUUCGGAUAAUCUGUAUGAUAGUCUUGCUACGUCAAAGGAUAGUAUACUAGUUUGCGAUUACGCCUAAGAUAAGCUUGUUAAUAAAAGCUAAGUUUUUCGUUUGUGUCACGAUGUAGUCACGUGUGAUGUAGAUCGCGACGUUUCGACUGCAUACUGCUAGUCUUCUUCAGGCCUGAAGAAGACUAGUAGUAUGCAGUCGAAACGUCGCGAUCUACAUCACACGUGACUUCAUCGUGAGACAAACGAAAGACUUAGCUUUUAUUGUUAUUCACCACGAUGAAUAACCACAACCUUUCCUACGAGAUAAGCUUGUUGUUGGCUAAUUGACCACAACAGGGGUUUAGUCAGUUAAAGUUCUCCAACCAAAUGCCGGCAACAUGUUAUAAAAGGACUCUAUGUUGCCGUGCGUCUUGUUCAGUAGUAGAUGAAAGAUGCGCUUCAUUGGCAAAUGUAGUACUGACGUUUUUACCACAUUUUGACGUCUUUCUGAUCUAUGAAUGAACAGACCCACGGCAACAUGAAAUCAGUUUCAGUUUAUAUAAUGAAAAAGAAAAAAAAAACGUUUUAUGGUAACGUCAUCGGUACGGCUUUCCUCCAGUAGAUCAUAACAAAGAACCAGUCAAAAUGUGUUUAUAAUUCAGCUUAUGAUUUAAUGUUGUUGAAUUUGCGCUCACCUAUGAUCAAUUAAGUAAUAAGCGCGUAUAUAACGUCAUCAUCUAAUACGUUCAGUAGGAGAUGGCAGAUGAUGACAAAAUGUGAUAGAAGCAAAUAGGUGGCUCACGAAGCGCAGUUGAGUGUGUCAUUGGUGUUAUAACUACAAUUUGACAUCCUCUUUACAGACCCACAGAAACAUGAAAUCUAUUUGUUUUAAAUUAUUUUUAAAAAAAAACAGAAUGUUGUUUAAGGUGACGUCAUCCAUGCGUUUGUCUUCCAAUAGAUCGUAGGUAAGAACCAAUCAAAACGUGUGUAAACUUAAACUUAUCUAAUAAUUAAGAAAAGAUGUCAAGGUAUUCAAUGUUUCGUUUUUUCAGGCGGCCCUCAAACUGGACCAGGGUCUGCUACAGGUGCAAACAGCCACCACUCCUCACCGAGGCGACCCUCGUUUGGUCAAGAACAGCAGGGAAUGUUUUCAAGUCGAAAGGCUCCCUUACCCAGGGAUGGAAACCCUGAUGGUCAGUACGUGAAAGUGGAGUACCCAAACGGAGUGAUCAUACACGACACGAGGAAUCAAGGACGUAUCCCUAAGUAAGAUUUUUAUUGUUUAGAGUGAAGAGAGCAACUGGAGCAACGUUUAAUAGGCCAUUUUACAGUUGUGUACCAAGUUGCCAAGCCUUUGAUUUGGAGUGAGGCUGAAGGUGACCUUAUUGUGAUAGAGACCAAUAUCUAGUUAGCAUGACAACAAAGUAAUUUACAUUUGAAAACCAGCAAGGUUUGUAUCACAACAAGGUCACCCUUAGCCUCACUCCUGUUCAAAGGCUUGGCAACCAAGCACGCAACUGUGAAAUGGACUAUUGAGUGCCGAAAGUAAUCCGGGAUUUUGCUUUACUUUGCUCUGUGAUUGGUCUAGAAAACUUGCGCCACUUUCUCAACCAAUCAGAUGCAAAACUUACACUAAUCACGACUUGGUCACCUGCGUUUUCCCGCGCUUUAGGCAGUUUGGUAAUUUUUCUUUUAGUUCUCAUUGGCUCUUGAAGGUAUUUUCCUUUCUCCUGAUUGGCCGUUGGGAUUACUUAGGUUUUGGUUUCCGACACUCCAUCGAAAAGUGUUACAUUAUUUGAGUUUCACAAUUGGUCUAAAGAUCUCGCGCAACACUCUCAGCCAGCCAGAUGCAAAAUUAGAACCAAACCCAGUCUCCCGCCUUUCGCGCUUCAGACAGACAAGUUUUUUUUCCUUUACAUUCUUUUUGUCUCCUUUACGUCGUACUUUGAAUUUUUCAAAAAUGGAAAGAAACUCCUCCUAGAGUUGAUUAAAUUUAAAACUGCUUUUUUUUCGGCGUCGUGUACAUCCAGCAGAGCCUCUCUUUUGUAAGUUCGUAAUUUUUAUAUGUGCAUUUGCCUGUUUCAGUCAUGUCAUGUAUCAGGCGGCGUUGCAGCUGAAUGGAACAAGUCGAAAUCAUCACAAUUCACCAGUAAAGUACUCAGCUACGGAUUACAUCGAGGUGGUGAGCGCUAUAAUCAUAUCAACUGCAAUAUCUGAAAGAAAAUUCUCUCAACUGAUGGCCUUACAGUCCACUGUGAUAGAGUAGUCUGAUCGUCCGGAUGGGUGUAGUCCUGAGAAGGACUGCUGCCGGGAGUAGUGACUAACUUUACGAAAACCUGACCGAAAGUCAUCAUCAGAGUCAAGAGAAUAGUCCGGUUCUUCCACCCACAGCGGUCCUUCUUAGAACAACACUCAGACGAUCAGACUUCUCCAUUACGUUACCCCCGUGUUCAAACCAAUUAUUGUAAUAUAGUUCUUUACAGGCUGUUUAAAUCAAGGCUUUUUCUUGGAUGAUAAUUUUCCUUCAUUUGCUCACCUGUUUACCUGACAGUGUAUUCAAACGAUAUGGAAAUUUUAUCGUUUGGUGAAAAUGAUUUGAAAUGGAUGUGAUACAAAACUUGCCUUGAAACGUAGGCAUGCUAAUGUUUAGUAAAAGGAAAAUAAUUGUAAGUUGGCACUGUGUUACUGAAAUGUUUGUUAAUCGUUUUAGUGAAGCUCUCUAAGGAUCUUAACCCUUAACCCCUUUUACUACCAAGAUUUUAUUCAUAAUUCUCCUUACUGUCUACCAAACAGUUCUUAUGAUGCUAGUUCGGAGAAUGUGGUGUAACAUCAACCAAUUAUCCCCUAAUUGUCAUUUUCUUUAUUCUCAUCACUUGUCCGCUUAACAUUUUACUGGUAUUGUGAGGAGAUAUUAUGUCUUGGUCACUCACGGAAGUUAAAGGGUUAAAUGCCCGCUAUUAGUGAAAUAUUUGGGAAACAGGUGACGAGAAUAGACAGACUUAUUAGUUGUGGGGUAUUGUCUCAAUGAAACACCAAAUUGACUCUACAUACUUACAAAGAAAUAUAGAGAAGCUAUACGGAACAAUUGCGCACCACACCAACCUACAUAGUAGGCCACAGUACCUGGUAGUGUUAGCGUGUAUCUCUAUUUCAACGUUGUCCCAUAUUUUCCUUUCAAGGUGUCCGGUCCUUCAAAGAGAGGAGACCCUCCUUCAUAUUACUACCCCAGCCCGUCUCAUAUGAUGCCCAGCAGUAAGUCGACGGUCCUUUAGCUAGCCCGAGAGAGCCUGGAAACAGAGCCUGGAAACAGAGCCUGGAAACAGAGCCUGGAAAUAAGGUUACGCUUCAGCAUGGGUUCGAGCUGAGGCCCGUCGGGAAGAAAUUUGUUUUUAACUUUCUUUUAACGCGUCGAAUUUUUAGCUCCUCAGUUACCUGUCUGGGGCAAUUAGUUUUAUUGGCAAGGAUCUCCAGACACAUUUUUGUAGAAACAGAACUAUUCGAAACCUAGGGUACUGAGUGUUUACAAAGGGUAGUUAAAGCUUUCUUUAGUGACCACAUUCGGUUUAUACUUAAACGCAAGUGUCAGUUUAAGGGUACAGAAUUGAAACAAGCUUUUCAAUGCUGCGACACCUUUUCCUGAUGUCGAAUUCUCACCAAAGAACUAUUGUAUCAACGACAAUUCAGACAGCGAGGCGCCGGAGUUUUGACCUUUUUCUGAACAUUAGGAUCUGCGACGAGAUCGUUGCUUAAGAUCAUAAUCACUGGAGAUUCGCCCAAGAGACUUUGCCCUACUUUUAAAAAAAUAUCUCAUGUUUUGAUAUUCCUCUGUCAACUGACACUUCCCUAAUUUAAUAUCUAUGGUCAGUCUUAACGAAAUCUGUUCAUAAUCUUUUACAGUGUGCUUACUUAUAAGCUUACGAGCGAAAAAUCAAUCGUGCGCCUGAAAUGUUUGCGAAUCAUGGCUGCUCGAACACCAUUGAAAUUCUUUUUAUAUUUUUUAUGUUGUGCGCAGAUUUUGUUUUCGAGAUGUGUUAUUUGAAAGUAAAGCAUGGAGCUAUUAGAUUUACACGAAACAUCAACAGAAAGCUUUUUUCAAAAUUCGACAUUUUAUAUUUUUCUACUUUGGGUUUAUGAAUUGCCUAUAUUUAAACAAAUCUUUGUGUUUUAAAUUGAAUAGUCAGUUCAUGAGACGCUUUUGUAGAAUUCUUCGUCGGCAUGUUGUCCCGCUCGAUGCAUUGAUAUAUUUUUUAAAAUUAUUUUAUUUGGAGAUAUCCCUCUAAAUGUACAUAUGUACAAGAAAAUGUGUUUAUUGUGUUAUUUAAGUGUCAUCUCCCUCGUCUUUAUGGACAUCAAAUAAGAUGUAUUUUUCGACUACCUGUCUUUGUACAAUUUGUAAAGACUGUCUCAUACGAGAUGCUCGCAUUUGGAGCAUGUUUACGAAUGCAAACUUCUGAUGGGUUAUUGAAUGCCGCUCAUUUUGCCCUCACCGAUGAGUUUUAGGUAUUGUGUUUUUAGCCAACCAGAUGGUGACUUUUGUUCAACUUAAACUGCGUUUUCCCGCUCUUUCCGCACCCUGAGACAAUGUGUCCUACAGCGUCUCAGGAUUAUCGGUGUAUUUUCAUUGGCUGUGUUUAAUUUGGUCAAACUCCUUCAAUUUGGCUUGAGACUGAGUAGGGUGCUACGUGGUUUCUAUUUAGUCUUCAGUAUUUGUACAGUUUGCUUCUAACGACUAGCGAUCUCUGUGCUCGUAUGAGAGCGUAGAGAAUGGUAUCCACGAUCUAGAAGACUAUAGAAUAGUUUUGAAAGGUGUCGGGCGAGGGAAGCCGAGAAAAUCAAAUUUGGAAAACGGCGCUCCAGUUUCAAUUGAGAGUUCCUCGACUGUACGCAAUCUUUUCGUGUGGAUUCACCCUUUGUUGCUUUCUACAGUAAUAUUUUUUGGUUGCUUGGUCCAGAAUGAUUUGAAUGCUUAAUGAACGCUGUGUACAAUGAGUUCGAUAAUAGAAAAAACGUAAAAAUUAAGCGAAAGCACACAGAAGGGCUCGGCUUUCCUAACCUCUCAUCUCCACGAAUAUUAUGCCUAUCCACUUGUAAUCAAAACUUAGUCACGCCUUGCUUGUAAAUAUACUUUUUACUAAGUGGUAAGUGCGCACGCGUGUAUACAAGUAACAGAGAAGAUUGUGAUAUAUAUUUUGAGUUCCCCUCAGGAUGUAGUAUGGCCUCAUAUUUUUGUAUAGCGUUUUACUUUUUAAGCGUAGUGUAACGAAAUAGUUUUAAGUCACAUUUUAUCGAUCAUGAUAUUAAGUGACUGUACUGAUAGAAACGUGGCUGGGGUUAACGAGAGUUCUUUUUCUGUACCAGUCUUGUCUCAGCGAUCGACGCAAACCUCCUUUUCAAGUGGAUGCACGCCGAGUUUUUUUUUUGUUUUGUUUUGUUUUUUUUUGUUUUGUGUCAUUUACAAUUCAUUUAUCUCUAUCCAAUCCUCGUCCCAGUUACUCUCUCUUGUUCGUUGUCUCCUCCUGGUUUUUGUCUCCCUUGCAGAACCAAUAUUUUCAAGUCAGUAGCUGUUCGGAAAUUCUGCUCCAUGCAAAAAAAUGUUUCCCCAAAUAUUACGGGUACUUAGCUCCCUAAACACUGGUAAAUGAAUCGUAUGCAUUCAUACAAGUAACUGACGUUUAGUUUUCCAUUUUAAUAUUUAUUUUUAUCUUGCCAACUUUUAACAUCGUUACGAUCGAAUCAUUUCAAGCGUAAUAUUUGCAUAUGGUGUUCCUUAGUUGUCGCCCUAAUCAAAUUUAAUUCAGUCUUCACAGCACAGCACUAACGGUUGAUUCCGUUCGUAGUUUAUCCAUUCUUAAGUCUGAAAGAUUUUUCAAUCGCAAGGAAUUGCAGUCUGAAAAUGAAUGGUCCAUUACGCAUCAAGGAGUGCUGAGUUUGAUAAGGUUCUGUCUAAAACUAAUGGACCAUUUAAGUUAUAACCGAUACUUGUAUGGAAUCUGUACGCUUACAAUUGACUUGGUUCGACUCUAACUGAAAUUUUCAAUAUGUUGUGUUCAGCAUGAAGCAUUUUUCUGUUUUAAAACUUCUUUUCAGAAGAAGAAAAGUUACUUAAAAAGUCCUAAAUGGCAGUAAAUAAAUUGGAAUUGAGAAAUG